AUGAUUAUCGAAACUACGAAGUAUCUUAUGGACUUGUAUUUAACUGGUAAUUUCUAUGAGAUUUUAGUAUUGGCACCAAGUUUUCAGAAUUUGGAUUUGCCAAUUCCUGCCAGACUAAUAUUAAGUCUUGUCUUGUUGCAACUAGGAAGAGUUCAGACAGGGAUUAGGGAACUAGCCAUCUCAAUUGAGUUAGCUAGCGAUGAGAAAGAGAGACACCUUCUCAGCGAAUAUCUCCUAAAAGCUCAACAACAGCUGUAUUCCAGUCAAAUCCGCGCUCCUCCAAUCCAUAAGCAAGCAGAUAUGUUUCUCAUAGCUAAUGGAAUCCUAGAAACCUACUCACUUGGUAGAAUUUGCAUUAUUACGAAUAAUUUAUGCUGCGAUGUAUUAAAAAGUAUUAUCACGAAGGAUGAAGUAGGCUUACUUAAUAAAUUUGUUCAAUCUGUCAAGCAUUUCAGUCCCUUAUAUGUUUAUAGGGAAGUUUCCCAAAAAAGAGAGAUGUUUGAAUCGUAUAUGAACAAAGAGAUUUCGAAAUAUCCAGAAAUUGAGUACUCUAACUGCUCAUCUAGUACUAUGCUCGAAAUGAUAAGUAGAGUUACUCGACGUUCACCCUCCAAAGUUUUUUCGUUAGCAAUCAGUGGGUUGGUUGUCAAACACCAAAUAGUCAGAGGAUUCCUUUGCUACGUAUGUGAAGAGUACCAUAAAGCGUUUGAAAUAUUCGAGUGGUUAGAAAUUUACUUCAUAGGUUCUGAAGAAAUAUUAAUGGAUAGAAAUGAGUUUUUAUCAAACGUGACUAGGAGACAGGUGGUUUUGUUGUUAAUCUGCAGUUAUCUAAUGAUAGUUGAUAAAAAAGAAGAACAACUUUUGGAGUCAAAGCUUUGCUACCCUGCAUAUCAUUGGAGGAGAAGCAAGAAGUGUGAAAAGUCUGAUACUGCAGAAAAUUUGUUAGUAUCCAUUACUCUGGUGGGAAAAGAUAUGAAUCGUAUAUCUGAACUCUUGAGUGGUAGGUUAUGCCUCUAUUUCAUUUGUGCUGGCGGUCUUUAUGAAAAACUAGCUUUCAAGAGAGCAACUCUGGUUAAAAUAAACACUAACAUUUUGGCUUUAAGGCUAAAUCAAGAUGAGAUCAAAGAGAUGCUAAGAAAGUAUAUUAUAGCAACCACGAUAACAGCACACGAUGACCCAUCUGUCAUUGACCUUUAUCAAAGAAUUCUAUGGGGGCUACUAAUGUACGGAGGCAUUCACUUGCAAGCAUUUUGGUUUUUUAAAUUUUUAAGAGAUUACUUUUUUAAGGAACUUUCGAUCGGGCCGAUUAUGUUUGAUAAGAGUGGUACAUUCUAUCCGUUUGGCGAGAAGGACAUACUUACUAAAUAUCCAAAUAGCCAUGAGUGUGUUGAAAAAAUCUAUCACUUAAGGAAAACAAUGAUUGAAGAUUCUUGCGCUGUCGAUAACGAUAUCACCCCAUUGCAUCAUAGUGAUUCUCACCAAUAUUUGAUACCUCAAGUUUUCGUGUAUAACAAUCAAUUAAUAUAUUCUAAUGAGUUUUAUGAUGAAAUGGUACCAUACUGCAGUCAAAGAGAUUUCAUAUCAAUUUCGAACAACGACGUUAGACCAAAGAUAAGAGAUCAGCAAAAACUAAAUGGUGAAAUUGUUCUGAAAUGCAUCAAAGUUAGUGCUGGAUUUAUGAGAUUGUGGUUGAAUUCGUUUGAGAUUUAUAGAGGCAUCAUCCCAGAAGAAAUCAUUGAAUUUUGGGAGGAAUCAAGAAUGGAAAAGGUCGACUUUGAAGAUUUUGAAGAAGAAAAUUUGUGA